GUUGCGUGGGUGUUGUGAUAUUCGGACAUAUAGUUGUUCCGAAAUAAGAGGUUAUUCGGAUGGAACUUAGACUUCACUGUCGCCAUUCACUCCAGACAAGGACAACCAAAACACACUUCCAAGGAACUUCCAAAGUGAAGACACUCAGCUCCCAUACCAAGAUCUAAAUAUAUAUGAAUCGAAGAGCGGCCGGUAUAAUUAGGAACGAGAGGAAACGAAACAAGUGAAGUCAAUGUUGAAACUUUUCCAACUGGAUGAUGGUGGGGAAGAGAGGAAAGAGCUUCCUUUUCCCCAUGCAAUGUGUGAGAUUUGACAUGAAUGAUAUGAUCUUGCAUAUGAACUGGGGGUCAAGAUACAUGAGUUGCGCUCGUAGUCGAGCUAGUCGCACGAAGAAGGAAACUUUAUAACUGGAUCCUCUGGUGGAGCAUCUCGAUAUUGGCAGUCCCCCGCAACUUUGGUUAGGCUGAUUCAAAACGGAAGACGGAAUACCACGCAUUCCAAGAAGCUAACGGUGGACUCAAGGGCUAGAAUAUGAGACCUUGUAACCUUUAUUGGUUUAUAUGGGAAUGUCUGAACUAGAAACUCAGAAGAUUUUUGCUUUUCCCAACCCUAAUAAUACUCUGUAGGUUAUCUUUCAGAUCAGCACCUAAAAAGACUAUAGGGUUUUUAGGGCUUUUGUCUUUUCGAUAACCUCAUUUACUUAUUAAUUACAAGAAUCAUUUGAAUUUGAAUCAACCA